AUGCGCUUCGUCGCCGCCUUUGCCGCGGGGUUGCUAGGCGCCAUGCUGCGCCGUCCCGCGGACGACGCGUGCCCCGCAGAGUGCUACCGCAGCAUCGAGAACGCGCUUCAGUUUCGCAACAAGAAACGGGAGGGCGUCGUGUUUUCGCAGCGCUACGAGCCGUACCAGCUCGGCGAGGUGAUUCCCAUCACACACGACACCGCCCUCUUCCGCUUCCUGCUGCACGCGGACGAGGAGUUCAACCUGAAGCCGUGCUCGACGCUGCAGGCCUGCUACAAGUACGGGGUUCAGCCGAUGGAGCAGUGCCACCGCUUCUACACCCCGGUGACGGCCAACCACACGAAAGGCUACUUUGACAUCAUUGUGAAGCGCAAGCAGGGAGGCCUCAUGACAAACCACCUGUUUGGCAUGCACGUUGGCGACAAACUGCUCUUUCGCUCCGUGACCUUCAAGGUGCAGUACCGACCGAAUAAGUGGGACCACGUGGGCAUGAUCGCAGGCGGCACUGGCUUUACCCCGAUGCUGCAGAUUAUUCGCCAUGGCCUGAUGGAGACCUGGAAGGAAGGCGUUGUGGAUCACACAAAGCUGUCGUUUUUGUUUUGCAACCGCACCGAGAAGCACAUAUUACUAAAGGGUCUUUUUGACGAUUUGGCGGCACGCUACCCCAAACGGUUUAAGGUGUACUACACAGUAGACCAGCCCGUGGACCCGGACAACUGGCAUCACUUUGUCGGCUACGUAACAAAGGAAAUGGUCCAGCAAACGAUGCCGGCCCCGGAGGAGCAGAAGAAGAUCAUCAUGCUUUGCGGCCCAGACAAGCUGCUGAAUCAUGUGGCAGGCACACCCAUGGGGACAAUGAGCGCCAUGUCAAGCGGGGUAAACAUUCAACCACUUGCGCCAGACCUCAACAACUUGGUUGUGCUCGGUGGUGUCUUGGGUGAACUCGGUUACAAGGACAGUGACGUCUAUCGUUUCUAA